AAGCUUGUGUAUUACAGGUAACAAAACUAGCUUCAUUAAAUCUGAAAAGAGUCAGGCUUCCUUUCCCCCAAAAUUAUUAAAUCCAAAAUGUCUUCUUUUUGUCUCGAUGCUUCUUUUCUAGACUAUUCAGAGCUGCUAGAGUAAGAUUCUCAGAGGUUCUAGUACUCUACUGUGGCAGAUCCUCGGAGGGAGGAAACAUCUGAAAUGGAAUUCAAGUAUUUGGUCUUCAUUUUGCUUUGUCAAUACCUGAACAAUACGUUUUUCUCUGAGACAGAAGCAAUUACAACAGAGCAGCAAUCACUGUCUACUUUAAUUACAUCAUCGUUAUAUGCUACAACUGAUUCUCAAAACACAACAAGAUUCAACAACAUUUCUUCUGGACGGCAAGUACCCCCUGCCCAAAUCACCCCUGAACAAACAACACCAGCUGUUUAUGUCUCUUCAAAACCGCUUACUUAUAAUAUCACCAGACGAGCAGAGUCAGCGGCCAACAGCUCCUUCCCACAAACAUCACUAGCUGGGUUCACUUUGACCAAUCAACUGUCACCUUCUGCCUAUAAUUCUACUAGACAACCACCAAAACAUCUUGUCUAUACUUCCACACAACAGCCACCAUCACCUGCUCCUACCUCUUCUGGAAAACCAGUACUAGAGUCUACUCAUAAUCAACCCACAAAAUCAACACCAACUAUUUAUUUACCAAGGGACACACCACCACCACCACCACCACUUACUUCAGAACCACCAAGUGGCAAAGGAACUGCUCAUAGAAACAACCACAAUGCAAUCGCUGCCAUAUUAAUUGGUACAAUUAUAAUUUCUAUGUUGGUAGCUAUACUCAUGAUUAUACUGUGGAAAUACUUGAGGAAGCCAGUCUUAAAUGAUCAAAACUGGGCAGGUAGGUCUCCAUUUGCUGAUGGAGAAACACCAGAAAUGUGCAUGGAUAACAUUAGAGAGAGUGAGGUAUCCACAAAGCGCGCAUCAGUUGUCUCGCUUAUGACCUGGAAACCAAGCAAAAGCACACUGCCAGCAGAUGGUUUAGAAGUUAAGUUGUUUGAAUCAAGUGAACAUAUUAAUGAUACCCACAACCUCAAGACUGAGAAUGUAGAAGUUCAAAUAAAUGGUUUAUCAGAAGACAGUGCUGAUGGGUCAACAGUUGGUACAGCCGUGUCUUCAGAUGAUGCAGAUCUGGCCCUGCCACCUCUCCUCCUUGAUUUGGAUGAGAACCUACCAAACAAGCCCACAAUGAUAGUUGUAUCUCCUUUACCAAAUGAUUCUAUCAAUCUCCAACCAUCUCCAGAUGGUCUAAAUCAAGUGUGUGAAGAACAUCAUUCCAAGAUCCAAGAGCCAUUCCCGCCACCCCCUGACUCAUUUAAUGUGCCUCUGUCAACAGGAGAUUUUAUAAACAACCAAGAGUCAACCCACGAGGCUCAGUGCCAGGAGUCCUCUCCUCCUGACCUCGAUCCAGACCUCACAGCCUCCCUGCCACCUCCACCUACAGAGCUGCUGUAAAGUGACAGUUGGCUUUCUAGACUGUCCUCCAUCCUGAGAUGGCUCCGACACACUCCUGUCUUUGUGGUAUGGCACACAGGACAUGACAACUGGCACCUGAGAGACUCUUUAGGAACUACCCAACACCUGACUGAAGCUCAAGUACAUGGGUAGAUUAUUGCAGUGGUAUGCUUACCAGCUACAGAACUAAUUUUUUAAAACAGGGUGCCUUUUAUAAAUGUCAA